GGGGAAAGAACAACGAGUAAACAGCUAGAACAUGGACAUAAAUCACACGUAACAUUGAAACAUACAAGAGUCAAAGCCUAAGCAAGCCCAAUCAGGCCGGAUCAUUCUAGAGGGCCAAUGGACACGAUGGAAAAUAUUGUGUAUCACAGUAUGAAUGGACAGCCUGUUGCUACAAUGAGAACAUUCACAAUAGUUUUGUGUCUGUUUCAUCUGUCACAUCAAACUGAUGGUCCAGCUAAUUUAUCACUGGACAUAAAACCAGCUACUCCCCUAAAGAAUGGAACAUUGUAUGUCAUAAGAGGUUCCAAAGUUUUCUUUAAUUGUUCCAGUGAAGCGUAUCCCUCACAAAACCUGACGUGGAUAGUUGAAGAUGCAGCACAGGAUGAUCCUCACAGAGCGUCUGGGAGCGAAUCAUCUCUUGAGUUUUCCAUAAGUAACAUCAUUCCAAGUGAUCAAGGGAUCUACACAUGUGCUUCUCAAAAUACCUCCUCCAUGAGAACUGUGAACAAGAGCCAGGAACUGCUAGUUUACUAUGCUCCAGAGAGGCACCCCGAGUGCAGUUGGGAAUUGGGAAAUGAGCCAUCUGAUGUAUUGUUCAUAUGUAACUGGUAUGGAGGCUACCCAGUGCCCACCCUGGACUGGCAUGAGGUCCUUGAAAAGACUGUUAUAGCCAAGGGUCCCAUGAUCAACACAUCCCAAGAGACAGAGCGUUUGGAAGUCCAUGUGAACAGGUUUAUAUUGCACAAUAAUGAGGAAGUUAAGUGUGUGGGACAUCACAUAACUGGAGUAGAGAAUUCAUGCUCCUUCAACCUCAAGAUGCCGUACCCUUUAGGAGCCCCUUUGGUAACUGCUCUGGUGGGCAGUACAGCCACCCUCCGUUGUACAGAGACUGAUUCUCUCCCGCCAGCUAAGACUGUAUGGAAACAAAAGGACAACAAAGUCAUCAACAAUACCUCGAAAUACAUUGUAUCUGAGAGUAAACCCACAUACACACUCACUAUAGUCAACGUAACAAAAGACGAUGAAGGCAUCUUCUACUGCUAUAGUGAAAACCCUCUUGGUGCAAGAGAGCUGGAAUUGUAUCUAACUGUGAGGACCUCUGAAGGUGGAGGAGCUGCAGUCGGUGUCUUUGUGUCCGUCUUAAUAGUCAUGAUUGGAAUUGUUCUUGGUGUGACAUUAUACUCCAAGCGCGACAGAAUUUGCAUUGGUUUAGGAUUUAGUAGUUUAGAUGACGACAGAGAUUUCCUGAGCUUAGUGGAUUCAGAUGAAGAGGAAAUUUUCCAUAAUGCCGUUCCUCGACUUCCUCCACUGACAAACGGAAAUGCAACCACAUUAGUAGAGAUUCACAGAAUACCAUCCUGUGAUCAUGAAGAUAAUCCAGACAGUACCGAGCACACAGAUCAAACUCAACAUGAUCGAACAGAACCGGAAAACGCAGAGAUCUUUCAAUGACCAGUUUAUAUGCGCAUGAAAUGCGUCAGAAUUGUGGACUGCGCUAAAUUAUUUUUCUUCUGUGUGAUAUUAUACGUAAAAUAUUAUUAAUUGUAAAAUAUUUAAAUUACCUGUGAAAAAUGUUAAAGUUGAAAUGUUUUUUUUUAGAGCGGCACAGUAUUAGGUUUUACGAUUGUGGCCUCAAAUAGUAAAAUUAAAACUUUGUGUCAGUUAGCUGUGAUUGUAUAAAACAAAAUUAUGUUUAUGAAUUCAUUGAUUGCUUUCCAUAAAAAUGUAGGGGUGACUGGGGCUAGUUGUCACUCUGAGAAGUUGUCACAUGGGUUAUAUUUCAGUAACUAACAGGUCUGAGUCUACAGUCUAGUAGCAUAAAUGCUUAUUUUCUCUAGCAGUGGUUGUGUAUGUUGUUUUUUUAACAUCUGCAUGUAGAUCCAAACUACUCAAAACAGCUCUGUAUAGGUUUUGUGAAUUCUAACCUCCAAACUAAAAUUCAUUAUAUUCCUGUAAUGCUGUUGGGGGAAAAAUGUGAAUAAAAUUAAAUCAUAC